AUGCCUGACUUUCAAGGACUCGACCUGACCGGCAAGACGGCCAUUGUCACUGGCUCCUCAAGGGGAAUUGGAGCUGCCAUUGCCAUCCAACUUGGAAAGCGCGGAGCCAAUGUCGUAGUCAACUAUACCAGCGCAAAGAGCCGAACACGGGCCGAGGAAGUCGCCAAGAAGAUCCAGUCUCUUGGCCCGAAGGCAUCAGUUUGCGAAGCCAGUGUGGCGAAUAUCAAGGACAUCCCGAAGCUGGUGCAGAGUGCCUUGGAGCUGAGCGAGACUGGAAAGAUUGAGAUUCUUAUCCACAAUGCCGCCCUAGGCGUUGACGCAAACCUGGAUGAAGUAACUGAGGAUCUGUUUGCCACCCACUUUGAUACCAACGUCAAGGGUACGAUUUUCCUGACCCAGGCCGUCAUCCCUCACAUUGCUCGCGGCGGCCGAAUAGUCUUCGUCUCUUCGGCAGCUGCCAGACUCGGCGUAGCCGGCCAAACGGUCUAUGGCGCGACCAAAGCCGCCGACGAGGCCUUGGUUCGGGUCUGGGCGAAGGAACUUGGGCAGUCCCACGACAUUACCGUAAACUGCGUCAACCCGGGCCCUGUUGCUACCGAUCAAUGGACCGAGAGUGACGACCAAUUCCGCGAGGAUAUGCAGCCGCUGAUCGAGUCGACGCCAGCCGCGGCGAGGAUUGGCGAGGUGGAUGAUAUCGCACCCCUUGUUGCGUUCCUCUGCACUGAGGACGCAAGGUGGACCACGGGCUCUGUAUUAUCUGCAAACGGAGGUCUUUAUAAUUAG